AUGACGACCCCACUCACCGACGAGGAGAUGCGGCGGUACACGCAGCUGGUCGAUGCCAUCCUGGCGACCGCCGACCUCGAGACCGUCACGCGCAAGAAGGUCCGCAAGGCCCUCGAGAAGGCUCUGGGCGGCAAGGACCUCAGCGACCAAAAAGUCGCCAUCAAAGACCUCAUUGAGGCCCGGUUCGAUGCCAUCAACUCGCAGUCGCAGUCGCCGGACCCGGCCGUCAACGGCGGUGGCAGCGCCAACGGGGACGAGAUCAAAGUGUCUUUGGAAUACGACUACGACCGGAGUCGGCCUGUCGUACACGACCAUGACUACGACGACGAGGAUGAGGACGGCCCGGCCAAGAAGAAACAUAAGCGCUCGUCGUCGUCGCUUGAGGACGCCGAUGCGCGGCUCGCCGCUGAGCUGCAGGCACAAGAAAACCGUCUUGCGCGGGCACGGACAACACGCGGCGGCAGCGCGUCCAAGUCGAAGCCGCGAAAGCAGGCCGGCAGCGGGUCAAUAUCCAAGAGCAAGUCCAAACCAAAUUCGAAAAAGAGCUCUGCCAAGAUCGAGGACAGCGACAACGACGACGGAGGCGACGGUGACGCGCCCAAGGAAAAGCGCAAGGCGUCGGGCGGGUUCCAAAAGCCGUUCAACCUGAGCUAUCAGCUCGGCGAGCUGGUGGGCGUGUCCCAGCUUUCGCGGCCGCAGGUGGUGAAGAAGCUGUGGGAGCACAUCAAGGGCAAUGAGCUGCAAGACCCGCAGGACAAGCGACAAAUUCGGUGCGACGAGAAGAUGCAGGCCGUGUUCAAGCAGCAGAAGAUUGACAUGUUUCAGAUGAACAAACUGCUGAGCAACCACCUAUAUCCGGUGGACGAGGAGUAG